GUUAAUGUUAUCUGUAUGCACUGGGGGUAUGAGAGUAAAGCAAUUUUGAUUCUCUGUAUGUAUGUACUGUACAUGUGGAAGAACUGACAAUAAAGCAGACUUGACAUGACUUGACUUGUUACUCUCUAACACCUCAUAGAUCAAACAUAGAACCAGGAAACAGGAAACACUGAAUUCAGGGUAAAGAGAAACUGAAAUGUAGUUGAACUGUUGUGUGUCAAUGAAUGCAGUAAUAUGGCAAGAUCGAGAGAUUUUCAGGUUGAGUUCAUGUGUUCAGUGUGUCAUGAUCUCAUGAAGGAUCCAGUGACCAUCCAGUGUGGACACAGUUACUGUAAGAGCUGUAUUACAGACUGCUGGGAUCAGGAGGAUCAGAAGAGAGUCUACAGCUGUCCUCAGUGCAGACAGACCUUCAGUCCAAGACCUGCUUUAGCUAGAAACACCAUGCUGGCUGAUGAAGUGGAGAAACUGAAUAAGAGGAAACGUCCUGCUUACUGUGACGCUGGAGCUGGAGAUGUGCAGUGUGACGUGUGUACUGGAAAAAAAUACAAAGCCGUCAAGUCCUGUCUGAUGUGUCUGAACUCUUACUGUCUGAAUCACCUCGAACAACACGAGAGUUGGUUUAAAAGAAAGAGACACAGUUUGACAGAUGCCACUGGACAACUGCAGGAGAUGAUCUGCCAGAAACAUGAGAAGCUUCUUGAGCUUUUCUGUCGCACUGACCAGAAAUGUAUAUGUGUCCUUUGUAUGGAUGAACAUAAAAACCACGACACUGUAUCAGUUGCAGCACAGAAGAGAGAAAAACAGCACCAGCUGAAUGAGACACAGAAUACGCUCCAGCAGAGAAUCCAGCAGAGAGAGAAAGAUCUUCAGCAGCUGAGAGAGACUGUGGAGUCUCAGAAGCGCUCUGCACAGACAGCAGUGAAGGACAGUGAGAAGAUCUUAACUAAACUGAUACGGCUGAUCAGAGAUCAGGAAAAGACUGCAGUGAGUCGAGCUGAAGAACGACUGGAGCGACUGGAGCAGGAGAUCAAUGAUCUGAGGAGGAGAGACGCUGAGCUGGAACAGCUUUCACACACACAGGAUCACAUCCAGUUCCUGCAGAGUUUCCAGUCUCUCUCAGCACCUCCUGAAUCUACAGACGGAAAUGAUGAUCCCUUAAGUUCUCUCAACUCUUUUGAUGUCCUGAGAGAAUCUGUCCAUCAGCUGAGAGACAAACUGGAGGAUUUCUGCAAAGAGGAGCUCAAGAAGAUCUCAGACAGAGACACAAUCACCAACAUGGAUCCCAGAACCAGGAACGACUUCCUACAAUAUUCCCAUCAGCUCACUAUGGAUCCGAACACAGUGAAUAAAUACCUCCGUCUGUCUGAGAGAAACAGAGUGAUUGCUGCCACUUUCACAGUCCAGACAUAUCCUGAUCAUCCAGACAGAUUUGACUUUUGGCGUCAGGUGUUGUGUAGAGAGAGUGUGUGUGGACGCUGUUACUGGGAGAUUGAGUGGAGGGGAGACAGAGGUGUGCAUAUAUCAGUGUCAUAUCAGAGCAUCAGCAGGAAGGGAUUAGGUUAUGAGUGUUUCUUUGGAUCUAAUGAUCAGUCCUGGAGUUUGUUCUGCUGUCCCUCUAGUUACUCAUUCAUAUACAAUAAUAUAAAGACUGUUCUCUCUGUGAAGUCCAUCAGCAGGAGAAUAGGAGUGUUUGUGGAUCACAGAGCAGGAACUCUGUCCUUCUACAGCGUCUCUGACAAAAUGAGCCUCAUCCACACAGUCCAGACCACAUUCACUCAGCCGCUCUAUCCUGGGUUUUAUAUUUAUAAAGGAUCAUCAGUGAAACUGUGUUGAUGAAUCAGAAUAGACUAAAUAGAUAUUCUUCCCAUAAUGCUUUGAGCUGCAUUAUAAAUCAGUAACAGUGCGAUGUUAUAGAGUCUCUUCUUUUCUUUUCAUUAUAUUAAUACUGCAGCUGAACUUAAGGGCAUAUAAGCAAAGUCAGAAAGUCAGCUUGAUUUAUAAUGUGCUUUGUACAACAUAGAUACAAUAUGAACAGAAAUGCAAGGGGGUAUCAAACUGAGUUUAAAGCAUGUAAUGUGCUAAUAGUUUUGCAGACGUGGUCUAAGGCUUAGGUAUAUGAUUGAAUGUUUCCACUAAAUGGACCACAAGUAUUAUUUUUAGUGUCUAAGCAAUUAAAAAAACUAUUACAAGCAUAAUUGCUUUUUCAGUUCAAAUGUUCACUGUCAAUAAAUCAUUUAC